UUGGUUUUUUUGUGUCUGUCGUUUUUCGCCAUCAUCUCCCCCAUCUGCUCAUGUGGACGAUUCGAGGCCACUGACGAGUGGUAUCGUCACUGCAAACCCUUGCGGUGUAUCCGUUUAGGCACCUACGUAGAGAUCGACUAGUCUUUCUGGAGCAACCAACGUUGAUUACUUCCCACCGAAACAUCCCGACACCAAUUGCGAACACGCGCCACGUUUUCAUUUCCGCAGCACCUUGCAAUCACUCCUUGUCUAGCACCAAAGAAUAUCAAGAGAGGAAAGCCAGGCUUUCUUUGUGUGGAACGUUAUUGUGCAAAGUCCGCGGAGUGUGUGACUUUUUUCAUCUCGAAAAGUUGGCACGAUUUCAAAAUCUCUUGAAAGUGGCAAUGGGUGAAGACGAUAACAAGGUGGAAAUUACGGUUGAGAACGUUGAACCUACAGCUUCAUUACGGCAUAGACCGUGGUGGCUGUUCCGGCGGCGACGAAAUGCUGAUUCUCCGACCAGCCAUGGACUCAUGACGAUAGCCUCAAAUGGUCUCCGGGCGAAUGAUACAGGAACACCGUCAUUGCAUGAGCGCAGCGAUUCAGGCACAGCUUCUUCACGAAAUACAAAUCUUUCAGUGAGCCAACAGAGUAAACGGUUUUUUCGAGAGUUUCUUUUGGGAAAAUGGGAUGCCUUUGAUGACGCUGUGGAGAAGAGAUACCAGGAUGUCGUUUUAGCUUCCAACAGACCCGUCAUGAAGGCAAUGGCCAUAUUGAUUCUCAUUCACUACGUGUUUCUUCUCUUGAAUUUCUACACGAAUACUGGACCAACUAGGGGAACCCUCACAGAUCGGUUCACCAAUAUCGCUUUAUAUGUUGCCAUUAUCCCCGUUACGAUCACCAUGCCAAUUCUAAGCUUCAGAUCGAAGCCAUUCCGGCCAUGGAUCCAACACAUUAUCGUUUGCGCCAACGGCUGGAUAUGGGCGUAUGUCCUCUUGGCCAAAAGUGUACUGUGUAAAGCGGGCGCAGAGCCGCCUGAGAAAUGCGUUGGAUCGCAGACACUGAGCUCUGGGUUAACGCUAUAUGCAACCGUUGGUCCGCUAUUUAUGCUUGCGGUUUAUAGACUAAACCGAGCCAUCUGUCUUGCUGGAGCUGCGGUCUUUCUGGCAUUGCUCACUUGGAUAUUGAGCGCAAGCGUGCGGAUGUUAUGGCAGAGUGUCAUGUACCUCGCCGGCUUCUAUUUAUGGGCGACGUUGAUUUCAUAUUGGAGCGAGAGAGUAGAUCGAGAUAACUUUUGUCUUCGUCAAGAGCUGAAAAGCCAAAUAGAAGCCACUCGACAGGCUAAAGGUGGUGAAAUUCGGGAAGCUGCAAGUAAACGACGGUUUGUUUCUUAUAUUUUCCACGAAAUUAGAGUACCAUUCAAUACCGCGGUUCUAGGCUUUCACAAUCUUGAAGAUGAAGGCGCUUUUCAUAACCUCGAUAGCAGCCAACAAUCUGUACUAGACGCGAUCAAGAGCUCUUUCUCUAUGAUGGAGAGCGUUCUAAAUGAUGUACUGGACUUUCAGAAAAUGGAAGAAGGCCGGUUUGAAUUACAGUCUCGACCCUUUGAUAUCACAUCAACCGUGCGAUCUGCAGCAUAUGCUUUUGCGUCAACUGCCCAGGAAAAAAACAUUAAUCUACAAAUCUCGCUGGACCCGAGAAUAGCAACCUCCGGCGGCGGCCAACUCCUUGGUGAUGACAUCAGAUUCCGACAAGUUUUGAACAACUUCGUGUCAAAUGCUCUCAAGUUUACGCCACGAGACGGUUGUGUUCAGAUUGCUACCACUUUGGUUGACAUGAAUCGCGACAAGCACGAUCUGGCAAAAGACAUUGCACAUACACCAUCAUCACUACCUCACAGUCUGACCAUUCGAACAUCGGUGAAAGAUUCGGGCGUUGGUAUUUCGCCUGAAGAUCUGCCAAAGAUGUUUCAGCCGUACAUACAGAUCAACAGUUGGAGUACACAGGGCGGAAAAGGGACGGGCUUAGGUCUGGCAAUCUGCAAGCAUAUUAUCCAAUUGGCCGGCGGUACAUGCGGUGUCGAUUCAUCGCUAGAUCAGGGAAGCACGUUUUGGUUUGAGGUAACAUGGCCGGUCGCCCAAGGUCCUACAAUGGUUCGAUCUUCAAGUCUUACUUCGAAUCUCCGGAGGCCACCGGAGAUCGACAAUGAAAAACCCCGUCCGAAACCAGUGCUCCUGGCCAAUUCGCUAUCCACUUUAGGACAUACUGUCGACUUGGGAGAGCCUCUGGCACCCGCACAAUUGCCAGCCCAAGAGGCACAAACACAAUCAUUGCCGACAUCCUCCUCCCCACUGGUGUCGUCACCGCCUUCGCGUGCUGCAACGCCACAAAUGGUACAAGGACACGGCCGCUCACUUCGAGUUCUUAUCGUGGACGACGACAAGAUAACGCGGAUGCUAAUGAGCAGACUCUUGAACCAAAUGGGCCACCGAUAUGAGAGCGCUGUGGAUGGACAGGAAGCCGUUGAUAUACUGUUUCGAGCGAACGGGACUGGAACGAACGGAACGGCACGCUAUUUGCGAUUUGACGGGGACGCUCCACCCCCACCCGACGUUACGAAUACCUCUGGCGCGAUAUUAUCACUCCAUGAUCGCGUUGAAAUCAUUAUCGAAAAUUCCGCAUCUCGUACAACUUCCCCUUCACAGCCAUCAACUCCAGAACCCUUUGAUGUUGUACUCAUGGACAAUCAAAUGCCACGACUAACAGGCGCUGAAGCUGUCGCCGUGUUGAGACGAAAUGGCAUCCUUGUCCCCGUGGUUGGAAUCACCGGGAACGCCUUGAAGGAGGAUCAGGAUCAGUUUGUCGCAGCUGGUGCGGACUUGGUCAUUACCAAACCGCUAGCCAAAGGCAAACUCAUCAGUGCUUUGCAGCUGAUUCCGUAGGUGGUGUGGCGGGCUACCUUUUGGAUCAGCAUCUAGCCAAAAGAGGGAAUCUUGAGCGUCAUGGACGGGCCAAAUUAUUACAGUGUGGGGAUUGGGGUAGAAUGACAGCAUGUAACAUAUUGGACUUGUUGUGUCACAUUGUAAGAGGGAAACCCAUUGGGUAUCUUCUUGGUACAUAUGAUUGGACAAUUGAUUUUUUCCUUAAUGAAGUAUUAUUCAUAUAGAGUAUUGCUUGGAAAGUUUAUAUACGGGUUGGGAAUGCCCACUGUCCCAAUGCCAAGCUUCGUUUGCGG